AUGACUGUUACCGAGACGCAAACCCAAUCUCACUCCCAGCUUAUGCUGACAGGUGGCAGAGCUUGGUGGAAGGAAUCCUCCGUUUAUCAAAUCUACCCUGCCUCCUUCAAGGACUCAAAUGGCGAUGGCGUCGGCGAUAUUCCGGGAAUCAUCUCAAAGCUUGACUACCUUAAAGCGCUGGGUGUUGAUCUCGUCUGGCUUUCCCCUAUCCUACAGUCACCACAAGUUGAUAUGGGAUAUGAUGUCUCUGACUAUUAUGCAAUCCAUCCCCCAUAUGGGACUUUGAAGGACGUGGAUAGGCUCAUUCAGGAGCUUCACACCCGUGGCAUGAAGUAUGUCAUGGAUCUUGUCGUAAAUCAUACCUCUGAUCAACAUGAAUGGUUCAAACAGUCGAGGUCUUCGAAAACGAAUGAGUUUCGCGACUGGUAUAUCUGGAAGAAGCCGCGCUACACAGCGGAUGGCGUGCGCCAGCCGCCAAACAAUUGGGGAUCCUACUUUUCAGGAUCGGCCUGGAAGUACGACGAACAAACGGAAGAGUACUACCUCCACCUCUUCGCUCCCGAGCAACCUGACCUCAACUGGGAGAACCCCAAAGUCCGUGAUGCUGUCCACAAAAUUAUGCGGUACUGGCUCGAUAAGGGUGUUAGCGGAUUCCGAAUGGAUGUGAUCAACUUCAUCAGCAAGGACCAGCGAUUUCCAGACGUCCCUGUCGUUGAUCCUUCAAAGCUGUAUCCAGAGGGUGCGAAAUACUACGCUUGCGGGCCAAGACUUCACGAAUACCUGCAAGAGUUGGGGAGCAUCUUGAAAGAGUAUGAUGCCUUUUCUGUUGGUGAAAUGCCUUCGGUCUACGAUCCGACUGAAAUACUGAAUGCAGUUGGGUUCGAAAGACAAGAGCUCGGCAUGGCAUUCCAGUUCGAGAUCAUGGACCUCGAUCACGGACCUCAAGGCAAAUUCUCCCCAGGCAAGUUCCGCCUGAAGGAUUUGAAAUCUGUCGUGACGAAGUGGCAGUUAUUCAUGUACGAGAACAACGGAUGGAACGCGUUGUACCUUGAGAAUCAUGAUCAGGGACGCAGUAUAUCCCGUUUUGCAUCCGAGAAAGAGGAAUUUCGUGCUCUUUCCGGGAAGAUGCUAGCGACCUUCCUAGGGUUACAAAGCGGAACCCCGUUUGUUUACCAGGGCCAAGAGAUUGGAAUGGUGAACUUACCCGAAAGCUGGAAUAUUGAGAAAUUUAGAGACCUCGAAGCUAUUAACUUCUGGAAUGAGCUUAUUCAAGCAUGCCCGGGAGACACUAAACUACACAAUCAGACCAUGAAAGAGCUUCGACUUAAAUCCCGAGACAAUGGGCGUCUACCAAUGCAGUGGGGAUCAGGGAAAUUUGCAGGUUUCUCUUCCGGUACUGCAGAUCUGUGGAUUGAUGUCAACGAAGAUUAUGACAACUGGAACGCCACCUCUCAAAUGUCCGACCCGUCCAGUACCUUCAACUACUGGGCAAAUAUUUUGAAACUGCGCAAGGUUUGGGUCGACGUGUUCGUAUACGGGUCGUUCAAACUCAUCGCCGAGGACCAUGAAGAGUUGUUCGUCUAUACUAGAACCUUUGGUGAAACGAAAGCCGUGGUGAUCAACAACUUCUCCGAAAAGAGUGUGGAAUGGUGCAUUCCUGUCGAGAUAGCAUCGGUUCUCACAGGAGGGAAGUUCCUGACGGGCAAUUAUGAUGAGCGCCGAAUCAUCGGCUUUGAAGGAAACGUCAUCACUGUCAACCCCUUCGAGGCCUUUGUGGUACUCAAGGAAGGGCUCAGCCACACUAUCUAA